AUGCCCCAACACCGCGCCAUUAGUUUCCAUGUAAAAAACAAGAAGAAAGAUGAAGACAACAUCAUUUUAGCCAGUAGCAGCACUUGGAACAAACAUGCUUAUUAUGAAUCAUCAGCUGAUAAAAGAUAUAUGGAGUCCAGCUCCCAGUCAAGAAUACCAUUGGAUAAGUUGAUGUCACCUUUGUCCAGGCGAACUUCUAUAUCCACUAGCCUGAUCCAUGAAUUAAAAAACAAUGAUCUUUUCAAGGAGCAGCAAGCUAAAGUAGGAGAUGGGAAAUCCAAGUCUACUGAAUAUCUGGAAAGGUACUCCUCAUUGCAUCCGAAGUAUAUGGAAAAAAAGCUUGCUAAGGAACAUCCAAGGAAAUCUGUAUCAUUUCCCCAUCUGUUGGAUAAACAUAGGAGGCCAGAAAUGAAUUUUUUCGGUAACGUCGGUCCUUUGAACUCGGUCAAAACGAACCCAAAAAGUAGUUUGGCGACUCAAAAAAAAUGGCACAGCACCAAGAAUCUACACGAGGAGGCAAGUAGCAAAUCUUCCCUAGCAUCACAAACCAGACGAAAGAACAGGAAGAAUAAUUUAGAUACCAGAUCGCUUUGGUACGACUACAAAGAUACAGCAGAAGGGGAAGGAUACACUUUGAGGAAAUCUUCAAGUCUGGAUAAUCUGCUGGGCAAGAGCAGUACGAACAACAAAUCGAAGAUACAGCUAACAAAAGAUAUGAUUUCAUCACCCCAGUACCCUAGGAAAAUCGUAGGAGAGUGGGGAAGAAGAACCACUUCCAAAAUGUUCGACAAUUCAUUUAGCAUCGCUGGAAUCGAAGAAGAAACUACUGAGAAAGACGAGUCGGAGAUAACAGAGUUUGAACUUGACCCAGGAAGUGAAGCUAUGCAAUUGGAUGAAGCUAGUGAUAUUAGUAUGGUUGAAACUGUUGUAAGUGUGGAUACGGCAAUAAUUGAAGAAUCAAUAGGACCAGAUGAACCGCCAGACUCAUUUCAAGCUAUAAAGGAAGAUACAAGUCAUGCACAACUACAUUACUCUGCUAGCAGUACUAGUGAAGAUGACAAUAAUCCUACACCAGACAUAGACUUGCCAGAUGGAACCUAUGGCACUGUUGAUGAGACUGCCUUUGAAGCUGACACUGACAGUAAACCUGUCAUAUUCAACAAUGAUAGCGAUGAUACAAGCAGUGAAGUUUCGUGUUCAUCUUUGGAAAAUCAAAGUGUACAUUUAUCGGGGAGUGAAAACGCGUCAGUGAAAUGUGAGAUGUCGGAAGAAAAGCUUGUGGAAAACGAGGAAGCAAUCGUGGAGAGUGCUCCUCCAUCCCCAGGCAUGACUAUGACGGUUGAAGAGUUUUUGAGAAUGCCAGUUCCCAAUAAUGAACGUUUCAAGAAGCACGAUAAAGUAGAUGGACGUUUGAAAAUGUUGAAAGUAUCGAGUAGCGAAAAUUGUUGGGGUACCCGAACGGUCGAUCGGUUCAAACGAAAAAAUAUAAAUAAAAUUGAUAUCUCUGGGCCUAGCGACUUGAGACGGUGGAGUGGAACGCAAGGGUCUUCAAGUAAUUUGCUGGGGAUGAAAAAUUUGUCUAAAUCAACAGAUGAUGUCAGCGUGUCACGUUGGCUGAAAACCCUGAGGUACGCCUUCGAAUAUUACGAGCCGUACGAUGACCGCACCCUCGGCCUGAAUGACAUGGAAACACCCUUCGACGCCGAAGAGAAUUGCGUGAAAUCCGACGCGAAAUCCUGCGAUUGCGAAGAAGACUGCGUGAAAUCGUGCGGCAGCCGAGGGCGCGACGUGAAAUCGUGGAAUUGCGUGAAAUCGUGGGAUCGCGAAGAGAAUUGCGUGAAAUCGUACGGCGGCGGGGAACGCGACGCGAAAUUGCUGGCGCGAAGUUGUAGUUUGGACGUGAAAUUCGCGGUGGAGCGUGAAGUUAGCGUGGAAUACGAGGGUGGAGUGGUGGCGUUACGUUUGCCGGAGCGGCGUUUCACGCAGAUUGAGUACGAGGUGCCGGAGGACGUGAUGUUGUGGAAGGAGCGGAUUAGGGAGGAUUAUAGCGAGGAGGAGCAGGAUAUUAUGGAGAGAAGUGAGAAUGAUCUGUAG